AUGUGGAAUAUUUGUUUAAAACGUUUAUCAUUUGUAAUAUUUUCUCGACGAACAUUAUCAACAAAUAAUAAUACAAUUAUUGAUAAUGUUAUAAAAAAUUUAUCAUUAAAUUAUACGAAAGAAUUCGAUCAAUUAAAAACUAAUGAAAAUUCAAUUGAAAGAAUUCAAUAUCUUAAAACAAUUUUACAAACAAUGAAAAAACGUGAUAAAAUUUUACAAGAUAUUCAUGAAACAAAUAAACUUUCCAAUGAAAGUAACGAUGAUGAUGAUAUUUCUCAAAUGGCUACCGAUGAACUUGUUCGUUUAAAAAUAAAUUUAAACUCAAUUGAUAAUGAAAUUUUAGAUUAUGUUUUACCAAAAGAACCCGCUGAUAAUGAUGAUGCUGAAAUUGAAGUAGCAGCUGGUGUUGGUGGUCAAGAAGCAAUGUUAUUUGCUAAAGAAUUAUUUCAUAUGUAUGAAAACUAUGCUAGUUUUCGUAAAUGGUCAUUUGAAAUAGUUGAAUAUGAUCAAACAGAUAUUGGUGGUCUUCGUCAAGGAAAAGCAUUUUUAAAUGGUUUAGAUGUAUUUAAAAGUUUAAAAUAUGAAUGUGGAGUUCAUCGAGUACAACGUGUGCCACAAACAGAAAAAAGUGGAAGAAUUCAUACAAGUACAGUUAUGGUUGCUGUCUUACCUCAACCGAAAGAUAUUAAAAUUGAACUUCCGGCUAAAGAUUUAUUAGCUGAACCUAUUAGAGCGCGAGGUCCAGGUGGUCAACAUGUAAAUAAAAGUGAAUCAGGCUGUCGUUUAACACAUUUACCAACCGGAAUUAUAAUUGAACGACAAGAUGAUCGUUUUUUUAAUUCAAAUAAAAAUAUUGCAAUUAAAGCAAUGAAAAACAAACUUUAUCAAAUGCAAUAUGAUGAACAACAAGCACGAUUAUUAAGAACACGUAAACAACAAACAGGUACUGGUAAUCGAAAUGAAAAAAUUCGAACGUAUAAUAUUCAACAAAAUCGUAUAACAGAUGAACGUCUUGAUGAAAAUGCUCAUAAUGUUAAUGAAUUUCUUAAUGGUACACAUCGUUUACAUACGAUGAUUGAACAACUUAAACAACAAGAUAGAUUACAACGUUUAAUUGAAUUAACUGAUAAACCUUCGAAAUAA